CUUCUUUGGGUUCUUGUCUUCUAACUGCAACUCUUCAACAUUAUUGAGAAGGGCAUAGAGAUUAUUGAGAUUAAUCUUUAGAUUCCAAAAAGUUGGGGUCCCAUACUUCUCAUCUGACUGUCUCUGUUUACUUUAUACAAUCAGAAUUCAAUAAGACCAAUCAAAAUUUUCCAACUCAUCUUUAAGACUGAUUCCUCAAACUUUCUCAAAAACCUUGAAAUAUUUGUCAUCAACUUCUAUGCACUUUCUCUCUCUUUCUCUUCUCAAAUAGCAAGACCUCAUCAACUCUUCAAACUUCAAAGUCCACCCCAAUAUUUAUUUUCUCUCCUCCUUCCCUCAUCCUCAAAACCACCAAAAAUCUCUUAUAUUUCUCUUACUAAGUUAUUUUCAUUUCUUUGAAUCAACUAUGAAGAAGCUUUAUAGUAAAGGUACAGUUCAUCCAGUUACUUCUCCACCCUUGGUAUUAUCAGACCAGCUUUCUCUAUUACCAGCUACAAUCUUGACACUAUUUUCAGCUUUAUCUCAAGAAGAUAGACAAGUCUUGGCUUAUCUAAUUGCUUGUAAUAAUUCUUCCACCAACUUCUCCAACAAUCUUGGAAACUCUAGUACUCAUAAGAAUAACAACAACUGCUGCUACUGUUUCAACUGCUACAUGAGUUACUGGGUAAAAUGGGAUUCUUCUCCUAAUCGUCAACUUAUUCAUGAGAUUAUAGAUGCUUUUGAAGAUAUGGGGUUGCAGAAGAAAAAAGGAAAGAGCAAGAAACAUAGGAGGAAUAAAAAUAAAGGAUCUUAUGAGGUUAAGAAAAACUCUGAAAUUUGUGAAUCUGAUUCUUUGGAGGAAAAUUCUUGUAGCUAUGAUAAUGGUGCUAGAGAAGAGGAAUUAGGAGAUGAGAAAGGGUCUGUGAGAAGGUUUGUGAGUUUUCUUGGGGAAAGCUUAUGGAGUAUUUGGAAUAUCUGAAAACAAUAACAUCAAACCUAGUGUACUCCCACGAAUGGGGUCUGGGGAGGAUAGUGUGUACGCAGCGUUACUCCUAUCUUGUGAAGGCAGAAAGACUAUUUACGAUAGACUCUCGGCUCAGGGGAAGCAUAGUCACGUCACUUUUUGGAGAAAUACUUUUAUAAGGUAAUUUUGAGAAUAUUUAGGUCGGUUUUGUUACUUUUUUACUUCUACUUAUCCCAUAGAAGUUUUAUUCAAUUUUCUUGCUUUUCUUUGUCACUAUGUUUUAUUUUUCUCGUUUUUUGGGUUUUGUAAAAUACCCUUAACGACAAUGUAAGAUAUAUGGUCUUUUUUGAAUGUUGACUUUCAACUUUAUGCUA